CGUGGGCUGUUGGCCCCCGAGAUGGAGGGGGCAGCGCCGGACCCCGCACGGGACAGCCAGCUUGCGGAGGAGGACCUGUACGACGCGGAGGCCUGCGAUGUGCCAGACCCUGGGCUGCUCUCCGAGGAGGACGAGCUGCGCCUCUCGGGACCCCCGCCCGCCACGCACUCCUUGGCCGGCAGCCGGAGGUGGCGCAGCCUCUCGGUGCACGCCCGUGCCCGCCAGCUGUGGCUCCUCCUGCGCGCAGGCCUCCAUGACCUCGUGGAAAAGGAGAAGCGAGCAGAGCUGCGGGUUGCGCGCCUGACACACGGCCUGGAGCCCCUGCGCCGCCUGGAGGUCCCUGCUGGGCUCCGCUCCGUGGCACUAGACCUGGCGGCCGGACGCUUCGUGGUGCUGGACGGUGAGGGCUACCUGCACCUGCACCGAAAGGAUGGCUGGGCGCAGGGCAAGCUGCUGGUCCCCGUGGCCCUGACGGGGCUGGCUGCUGUGCUGGGCCCGCUGGGUGCCGUAGGCCGCUUUGUGGGCUGGGGCCCCGCAGGACUGGCCAUCUUGCGGGCUGACCUCAGCCUGCUGUGGGCCAGUGAGCCUGGGGUAGGCAAGCCACUGGGCUGUGAGAUCACCUGUUGCUUGCCGGUGCCUGACCUGGGGCUGCUGCUCGUGGUGGAGGAGGCUGGCCGCCUGGCGUUGUGGCGAUUCCGCUCGGGGGGUCGCCGUCUGGUGCCGUGGGGGUUGCCCCUGCAGCUGCCGGCCAGCCUAGAGGGGACACUGAAGCGCCUAGCUCUGUGGCCGGUGCCCCCUCACGGCAUCCCACGCUGCCUGGUGGCCUGUGGCUCUGCAGUCCUCACCUUGGACCUGCAGAACUGGGCUCUUGUGGAUGUGCGCCGGGAUCUGCACAAAACCACUGUAUCGGACCUGGCGUACUGCGAGGAGGCAGAGGCCUUGGUGACUGCAUCCCGCGACACCACGGUGAAGGUGUGGGAGGCCGACUGGCAGAUCCGGAUGGUGUUUGUGGGCCACACAGGCCCGGUCACAGCGAUGGCUGUGCUCCCCGGCACCACGCAUGUGGUGUCAGCCUCGCAGGAUGGAACGCUGCGCACCUGGGACCUGCAGGCGGCGGCACAAGUGGGCCAGGUGUCGCUGUGCUACUGGUGCCAGGACGCACUGUCGGCUCGCGUGAGCCGCUUGCUGGCCCCUGCUGGCCCGGGCUGGCCAAUGCUCUCACUGAGCACCAGUGGCUUGGGGCUCUGGUCCCUGCGUGAGCUCCACUCACCGCUGGCACAGCUGCCGGCGCCCGUGCUGCACCUGCAGGUGGCACCCACGCUGCCCAUGCCCAUGCACCCAUCACUGCCGCCGCGCCUGGUGUGCGCCUGCGCUGAUGGCUCCGUGUACCUGCUGUCGGCUGCGACAGGGCGCCUGGUGAGUGCAUUGUUGCUGGAGCCCGAGGACUGCGUGGCAGCAGUGGCUUACUGCCUGCCGCGGGAGGCGCUAUGGCUGCUGACGCAAACAGGGCACCUGGUGCACGCCAAUGCGGCAAGCUGCCCCAUGCGCGUGCUGUACCGCCUGCCCCCACCACCACCCUCAGAGCCGCAGCCCUGCUGCCUGCACCUCUAUAGCCACCUCACAGACGCCGCCACGGCCUUCGCCUCCUGGGAGCUCGUGCGCCAGCACAGGGGCGAGCUGCACCACAGCGUGGCGGCCCAGACCCGAAAGAGCAAGAACCGGUUUCUGCCUGUGCUGGGCCACACGGAUGGGUUCUUGUCAGUCUUGGAUGCACUCACGUCCCAGACGGUCUUCCACACUGAGGCGCACAGCCCAGGCCCGGUCAUGGCCAUUGCGUCCACCUGGAGCAGCAUCGUGUCUUCCGGCGGAGACCUCACGGUGAAGAUGUGGCGUGUCUUCCCCUACGCUGAGGACAGUCUGAGCCUGUUACGCACCUUCUCCUGCUCCCAGCCAGCCCCAUGGCUCUGUGCACUGGGCAAGCGCAUCACAGUGGGCUUUGAGGACCCCGGCAGUGCCACCUAUGGCCUGGUGCAGUUUGGCCUAGGCAAGAGCCCACGCUGGGACCACCGGCCCCAGGACGACCCCUCAGAUCACAUCACCGGCCUGUCCUGCUGCCCUGCGCUCAAGCUGUACGCCUGCUCCAGCCUGGACUGCACAGUCCGCAUCUGGACCGCCAACAACCGCCUGCUGCGGCUCCUGCAGCUGAGUGGGGCCCCUCAGGCCCUGGCCUUCUGCAGCAACAGUGGCGAUCUGGUGCUGGCGCUGGGUUCGCGCCUCUGCCUGGUGACGCACAAGCUCUACCUGCCUACCUCCUACCUGGUCAAGGGACUGUGUCAGAAGGCCCCCGAUGUCAUGCAUGAUGCCCCACUGCCGCUGACCCCCAAGGAGCUGCCGCCAGCAGCCCAGCUGCAGAGGCUGGUCACUCUGCGUGGGGCGGCCAGCCUCAGUGCGGCCCUGCCCUUGGCCCAUCACCAGACGACAGAGCCUCAGGAGCUGGUGCUGACGGAGGAUCUGGACGCCCUGGCGGCCCGGAACCGAGACCUUCAGCAGCUGGGGCUGGGGCUGGUGGUCCCGGAGGCCCCGCCCCAGCUGUCCUGGCGGCAGCGGCAGGAGGCCUUCAGCCAGUACCUCUGUACCAUUGGCAGUGCGGGCCUGCUGGUGGCUGAUCCUGAGUCUGGAAGGGAGUCCCAGCAGUGGAGCAGCCUGGAGCAAGACCCUGGGGACCCCUUGAAGCUGCUCGGUGCUAGGGGGCAGAGAGUGGUGCCCAGGGCUCAGGUCCCACAGGGCAUGGACACCCAGGUCAAGCGCUUCGCUCGCCCACCCCGUGUCGCCCUGCCCCUCCGGCCUUCCCACCAGCAGGUGCACAGCAAGGCGUCCCAGCUUCUAGCCCGUUCCUCCCUGAGCUAUGAGCUGGGCCUGGGCAUGGACACAGUGCUGUCCUCAGAUCAGCUCCACUGGGAGAUGGCCACAGUCCGGGGCCGGAGCUCGCUGUCCUACCUGCAGCACCGGAUCCCCCUGUUGCUGAAGCGACGGCCGAGGGAGCCCCUGUCCAAGCUCCGGGGCUUCUUUCCUGCCACCAUACACAAGGGCCGCCUGCCACCCAUCAGCUUCCCGGGCUGUGUGCCCAACUCGGUGCUGCUGCAACAGCUGUGGCUGCCGGCAGAGGUCGGCCACCUGGGGUCCCUGGCUCAGCUCAGGUCCCGUGCACGCAGGAGACGCAAGGCAAGGGGCAAGAAGCAGGGGUGCAGGGUGGGCUCUGCCACCCCCAGGGCCUCAUGGGUGCCUCCCUGUAGCAGCCGCGUGAGAGCUACGACGAGUGGCUGCGGCGCACCCGGCGGUCCAGCACCAACUGGAAGAGGAAGUGGAUGCAGUGGCUGCGGGGGAAGACGGUGUCCAAGGACGAGGAGGAGGAGUGGUGGCAGGGUGGGCGGGCACAGCGCCAGGACGUGGAGCCGUCGGCUGCCCUGUCCACCGCCCCGCCCUCUCCAGAGCACCGUGAACCUGAGGCUGCAGCGCCCGAAGGCCGCCAAGACCAAGGGCCGCGCCAAGCCCCGCCACCUGCGCGCAGGCUGGCAGGAGCCCUACACGCACCUCCCCAGGUUCCUGCACUUCUUUGUCAGCCAGAACUGGUUCAAGAAGCUGUUCCCCACCUUCACCCUGCAGGCCUAUCCUGAGAGCCACACAGUGGAGGGCCUGGCCCUGCUGCUGCUGUGCCAGCUGACCGAGUCCUCCUGGGCUGACCGCACGCUCAUCCUGCACGCCCUGCUGCGGCUGCUGCCGGACCUGGGUGGUGACGUCCACCGGCGGCUGCAGGACCUCGUCCUGCAGCUGCUAAACCUGGAAGAGCCGCCUAACUUCCAGGACCCUGUCCAGAAGCAGUUUGUGCUGCUGGCCCUGCAGUCACUGCUGGCCUGCUCGCUGGAGAGCCAUGACGUGGUGCUGGAGCUCAUGUCCUAUGUCCUCUACUCCCCGGAGUCCUGCUGGCCAGAACUCAAGAGGCUGAUGGACGGGCUGGGCCUGCAGGACCCACAGGGCUUCCUGUUUAAGGAGAUGCUGACCUGGGCCCAGGGGGCCCAGCUCACCUCCAAGGCCACACUGCGCAAAGUCUGCUACCAGAAGCUGGAGGGCAUGGUGCAGCAGCUGCAGCAGACAAGAGCCACGCGGCCAGCAACCAGGUCUCGGCUCUGUCUGCUUGCCCUUCCGCCCAAAGAGGUCCCAGCGGCAAAGACGAAGACCCCGAGGGCGCCGGCGCAGAGUGUCCUGGAGCCGCCCUUGCAGGCGGAGGAGCCGUCCGCUGGGCUGCAGCUGACACUGGCGCCAUCCCGCUCCUUGGGGACCAAGCGCACGCUCUCGGAUACGCUGCAGAGCUUCUGCGGGACGUCCGGGGCUAGACCGUACUUGCUCGGGCCCGCAUCUGCCACGCCGCUGCCACUGCCGCCGCUGGAGAGGACGCAGUGGUCACGCACGCAAGUGCUGGACCUGGGCUGCGUCGACGCCCUCAACUACUUCUGUGAGCAGCAGCGGGCCAAUCAGCUCAUCCUGCUAUGGGAAGAGGCGCAGCGCCGGCGCUCUCCCGCGCCCAACGCGGUGGGACGGCAGCCGCGCGACCUCAGGCUCUGCCCCAUCCUGCGCCUCCAGGAGGUGCGGGCUCCGAGUCCCCAGAAGAUGCUGCGGGGCAAGUGCGGGCGGGGCUGGGGCCUCCCGGCAGCAUCCACCCACCCCGCAGGCCGCGCCCUGGACAGCUCCCUGCGGGCGCUCAAGCUGCCCUUGCCGCGCGUGGAGCUGCAGCCCUUCCCUGCGGGCUGGCCCCAGCCCGCACGCCCGCGCUGCCCACUGCCGCUGCGGCCACUCCUGCAGCGCUACUUCGUGCCAGAGCACGCAGACCCUGACAGCUGGCGCUGACCCCUUCCCCGCGCCCCCGCCCGCUGGAACGUGUCUGGAAUAAAGUCCCUGGGCC